AGAUCUGGUGGUUUCAAACAAUGGCGGACAAGGAAGAACAAGAGACGAUGACCUCGUACAAGCUGUUUCUGAGAGUUAUAAGCAAGAGAAGAACAUGGGCCUGUCUGUUUCUUGUGGUCUACGCGAUCCUCUUGUCUUCUUCGUGGAAUUCGCUGAAUUCGAUAGUGAAUUGGUACGGUGAUAACCACCAGACGUCAUCUGGUUUGCCUGCGCUUUACGCCUCGGUUCUUUUAGGUGCUGUGUUCGGAGUUCUCUCGAUGGCGGCG